AUGUCUAAUAAACCUUUACUAGUCAGAAGAAAAAUCAGAAGAAAUUGCAAAUAUUGCAAUCAAUCGUUUGAGUCUGCUAUGAAACUAGAUUUGCACGGUAGAAAUGUUCAUCUAAAAAUCAAGUGUCCAAGUUGUCCCAGUUUAUUCAGAACAGAUGAGGAGGUACAGACUCAUCUUAUUAACCACGAUCUUCAAUGCCAAUUUUGUGUUAAAUCGUUUGGAUCUUUCAAGGAGAUGGAGUCUCACGAUAGAACCGUACAUCUAACAAUUGAAUGCCCAUAUUGCAAUAAAAUGUACAGAUCAGAUGAGCAACUGCAGAAACAUAUUGAAAUCAAACAUAAGUUUCAGUGCGAAUUUUGUGAGAAAUCGUUUAGAUCUUCUGAGGAGAUGGAGUCACACGAUAGAAUCGUACAUUUAACAAUGGAAUGUCUAUAUUGCGAUAAACUCUACAGAUCAGAUGAGCAGCUGCAGAAACAUGUCGAAUACAAUCAUAAAUUUCAGUGCGAAUUGUGUGUUAAAUACUUUUCAUCCAUAGAGAAACUACGUAAUCACGACAAAUACGUACAUUUAACAAUUGAAUGUCCAAAGUGUGAUGAGUUAUUCAGAAAAGAUGAUUAUCUACUUAACCACCUUAAAAAUACACAUUGUAAUUUUAAUUGCACAUCGUGUUCUAAAUGGUUUUUUCCCAAGAAGUCAGAGAUUUUCACACCGAACAGAUGCAUGAAGGGCCAUCAUCGAAACCUAGCCCAAUGGGUCCAGUGA